AUGCCAUAUCAUCUUCCAGUAUUGUUAAAUCCUUUGGUUAACGCGGUAUUUAAUUGUCCAACACCAACUACUUCCCCACUAAAGAAACUUUUUAAUAAUGUUAAGGGACAGCGGUUCAUCCUCCUGGUACCCUCCACAGAUGUUCUAUUACAAUAUCAAGAUUUGGAUUCUGGAUUACCACUGUCUGAGUUAUGCUAUAACUAUGAUUUUGUUGCUUCACAUAUAUUAAUACAGCUCCAAGAGAGCAAGGUUACAGAACAAGAAUACAGAACUCUUAAUGGAAAUUCUGUUAUCAUACGAUCACAGGCUGGCAUCGUUAUGUCCAAGCCAGAGCUCAGAAAAUGCCGGGUUAAAAGUUACGAAGUACUUCGGAAUUUUAACGACUAUUUGAGUAAUGUAAUAUAUUUUCCUCUAUUACAUAUUGACAGGCCUUUGGUAGGUGCCUUGGUUCGAAAUGAUGAGCUGCAAGUAUUUGGGUCCUAUGAGAUGCAUAAUCCAAGUAAAAGCAAAACGAUUAAUACUAUAUCGGAAAAUCAUAUACCAUUUGAGAAGUUUAUAAGGUUAUAUCCGCAACUUGGAGCCCAACUGGAUGGAUAUUUUCAGAGAGACCGGCAGCGCAUACGUAAUGAAGUGGACCAAUUAGACAAACUCAUUAAAAUCUUCAAGGAUCUAGUUAUAGAUGUAUAUGGAGUUAUUAAGGAGGAUAAGAAUUUUAGAAAUUAUAUGGAACUACUAAAUGUAACCCAAGAAUAUGUUGAAUUGAACAUGUAUGAGGAUAUAUGGUUAAAAUUGGUUCAGUUAAAUGGGUCGAAAGAGCCCGAUAGAGUAUCUGGAUACAGCUCAACAAAGUAUAUUUCAUUGAACAAUGUGGCAACGAUUCUAUACCCGGAAGGUACAAAUAGCUUUGAUCUUAGGGUAGUAACAGAGGUAGAAAAAAGGGUAGUAAAAGCAACAGAUUGUUUUGCAAAGCUAUCAUUAACGAACAGCCAUAAUGAAAAGGCUAAAAUAGUUGUCUCCACUUUUCAGAUAUUGACAACGAAAAUGGAAUAUACCUCAAUUGAUCCUACUAUUGAUGCGGAUACCUUGAUUGGACUAAUGCUUGUUGUACUUUGUAGAUCACAAGUCAAGAAUCUGAAAAGUCAUUUGGAGUACCUUCGGGAAUUUGCGCCAAGACCAGAUGACGUUAAGUUUGGCCUAACUGGCUAUUCUUUAUCCACAAUUGAAGCAGUUUUGGCGUACUUUGAAGCUGGUGAUGGAACUGAAAAGCUUAAAAAGCUAAUUUCAUUAUCGGAAGCAAAUAGGGUGUUUUGGGAUUUAAUUCGAAGUGGUGUAGCGGUGUCAUUGUCAAGUUAUAAGAAUAGUUUGAUUUCAAGAUCCUCUAACUGUGAAUCCUCUUUAUCGAUUUGCAUUCAUGCAGGAAGGCUUGAUCUUAUUAAAGAAAUUCUUCUUAAUUACCAAGAACAAAUUAAGUUGGAAGAUUUGUUAUUUGAUGUGAAUCAGGCAAACUCAACGUUACUUAUACAGGCAUUAGAAACCGGGCAUGAUGAAAUCGCUGAGUUACUUAUAGAUGUGAUGAUUUCUAACUGUACAAAUAAUGAAUUCUACGAAUAUGUAAAUAGAAGUAAUAGUGCUGGUAGAACUGUUGCUCAUUAUUUGCCUCAAGCUUUUAGCAUUAUUGAAAAAAUAGGACUAUAUUUGGAUUGGAGAAAGAAGGAUGUAAAUAUGCACACGCCGCUGUUUAUUAUUUGUAGAGCAUAUGAUCAACUUCACUAUUCAGAGAUGCUUUCAAGAAGCUUUGAAUAUGUGUUUGAAUAUUGUAGAAGAAGAGGUGAAGACUUCAGUUUUACGGACCAUGAAGAUCCAAUGGGUAAUUCAUUGUUGCACAUUAUGAAAGGGGGGAUUCAGUCAAUACUCUCGCAACCGAACAUUAAUGUGAAUAAAUCUAAUAUUAAGGGUAUGACGCCACUUAUGCUAUAUGCGAAGUAUAAUAGGAUUGAAAAUAUUCGAGAUAUCUUAGAAGAUAAGCGGUUAAUAGUUUCCAAAAUACAAAACCCCCAAACAUUGAAAGCAAUCGAUUAUGUGAAAAAUCCAAUGAUUUUGAACCUCAUUGGAACGCAUAUUGCAAAGAAUUCUCUAUAUGGCCUUCUUUCUGCCGAUGGGAUUAAGUUUGAAGACAAUUGUUGGUACCUUUGGAUCACGGUUAAAUUUUCUGAUAAUAGUUACAGUACCUUACGACAAUCUGUUAAAAACAUACAGGGAUUACUACAGUUUUACAAUAAAAAACACCCAAUGAACUUUCUUCCAAUUGAUCACAUAUUGAGUAUAUUGAAAAAUAUUGGAAAACCUGGCAUUCUUCCUGUCAUAAAUUUAGAAAAUUCGAUAUUCCUUGGAUUGUUGACUCAACUGUUAUCUGUCAUUGGGCAGAGGAACGAAUACAUGGCAGUUUUAAGGUACAAUGAAAGCGAUCUCUCUACAUGGUUGCGUACAAACAAUUUCAAACCUAGGGCCAACAAAGAUGAGAGGAUUGAACCUGAGGAAGUAAGCAGCAUUCAGAGUUUUUUAAAGUUCAAUCUAUCAGAAUUUUCUGAGAUUAAAGAGAAGUUUACCAUUUUAAGAAAACUGGUUGUGUUUCAGAGCUUGAAAGCCCAAGACAUUGAAUGCGCACAAAGAAUAAUUUACCAACAAAUGGAAAUCGUUUCUAACAGCGUUGGCCCUAGCGUUGAGAAGACUUUUAUUGGAAGCAAUGAAAAUUAUAGUCUAGACAGUUUCCAACAAGCUAUUGAGUUUAUAGCAAUGUGCCUGGAAACAUUGAGCUCUAAAAUUCAGUAUGUCUUAGAUUCGAAGGUAACUUUGUGGUGGAGACUUUAUGGGGAACUUUCUUCAUUGAGGAGAGAAUAUCAAAGGAAUUUUCCAAGUGAUUUUAAGUCCAGCGAUGUAUCAGGUGAGGAAAGCAAAGGAUUCUUUGAGUCAUAUAUAGAGGGGAAACGUCAAAAAACGGAAGACAAGCUGCAAGCAAGAUUAAGGGUAUGUAUAACGAAAUUGCAGACUCUUAGUGGGGAGCUUAAAAAGGAUCAUGAGAAUCUGGCCGAAGAAAUAAGUUUCUUCGUGACUUUCAAGAAUUUUGCAUACGAGAGUUUUGUGAUGAAAACAUACGCGAAUAUAUGUAUAAAGCAUCACAGGAAUAUUCUACAAGUUAUAGAGGAGUUUCGGAAGUAUAACUCAACCAAAGCAAAAAAUUAA